AUGCAUUACAAUGGAAGAGGAGGACUUCAGCUAGAAGUUACACCUACAAAUUCAACAAUUUCAAGAAAUAAUGAAAAUAACAGAUUGUUGGGUGUAAUUUAUGGUAUAGGGAUGAAUGUAAAUAAUAUAAUAGGAGCAGGUAUAUUUACUACACCUGGAAUUGUUUGGAAGAAUGUGAAAUCGCCAUAUAUUGUUUUAGGAUUAUGGUUAAUGGGCGGGAUUGUAAGUUUAUUCGGUUCACUUAUUUACACAGAGUACGGAGCUAUUCAUAAGGAUAGUGGAGGCGAAACCAUUUAUCUUGCCACUGCAUACCCAAAGCCAUACCUAAUGCUGAGUUAUCUUUUCAGUUUUAUGUUCAUCUUCGUAAUUCGACCGGGAAUUAUAUGUGCGGUUUUGCAAUCGGCUGCACAAUAUACAUGGUACUUGUUUACUGACGUUCCUUUUGCCGAGAGUUCAAAUUGUAACUUGACAGAAAUUAAUAGAUUUAACCCUAAUUGGAUAAUAAAAUUGACGGCAAUUGGAUUAUUAUUCUUAAUAACAGGAUAUCAUUUAUUAAGUAACAAGUGGUCGAAUAGAAUAAAUCAUACAUUAGCAAUAAUUAAAACGAUUGUGUUGAUUGUAAUUGCAUUUGGCGGAUUUUCAAAAUAUAAAAAUGCCAAUAAUUGGACGACCCCUCCAGAAGGAGAAAUGUUUAAAUUCACUUCCUAUUCUAUUGCCAUAAUUUCAGUCUUAUUUAGUUACAAUGGCUGGAAUAAUUUAAAUUAUUCCUUGGACGAGUUUAGAAAUCCCGAAGAAAGAUUAAAAAAGAGUAACAUUUACAGUGUUGGAAUCGUGACGUUCUUAUGUAAGUCUUCUAAUUUCAUUCCGGUUCAAACUAUCGUUUUCUCUUCAAAUGGUAAAAGUAAAAUUAACAAUCAAUCAAUUCAUUUUACAAUAGAUUUAAUGGUUAAUAUUGCAUUUAUUACUGCUGUGCCUUUGGAUAAAAUAAAUAAAGACAUUUUUAAUGAAACAAUAGCAAUAGAUUUCUUUAAUAGCAUUUUUGAAGGUAAUACUACAGGAAAGAAGAUCUUUUCAUUUUGUGUUGUUCUAUCCGCUAUUGGAACAGCUGCGUCAAGCAUUUGGAGCGGAUCAAGAGUGAUUGUGACUGCGGCAAAAUCAAAUUUUUUUCCAAUAUUUUCAUCACAAUUAAAAAGUUGGAAUAAUAAAUUUAAUACCCCGAUCACUGCGUUAUUAGCACAACUUGGAUGGUGUACGCUUAUUAUGCUGGUCGUUGGUAGUACGGCACUAAUCGAUAAUUUCAUAUUAUACAGUUCUGUUGCAAUGUUUUGUAGCUGGAUAUUCUACGUUAUUACAAGUUUAGGUUUAGUGAUUCUACGAAAUACAUCAACAACGGAUUCAACUUAUCCGUUUAAAGUUCCAUUGCCGAUAAUUUAUCUAUUUAUACUUUUCGGAUUUAUAACAUUAAUUUUAUCAUUUUGGGGCAUAGAUUCAAAUUGUCCAAAAUUAAAUCUUUUAUUCAUUGUAAUUUCAUUUAUAUUUUUAAUUAUCGGUUUUUUCCUAUGGUUUGGAUUAUUUUACUUGAGGCAUUUAGAAGAACAAAGAAAAGAAGACAGAAUUCGUGAAAUUAAUGAACAAGUUGAAAGUCGACUUGCUGCUAUAUCUGAAUCUCAAAACAAUCGAAGAACACGUACCAUAUAG